UACCCAAGCGACGCCAUGGCAUCGAAGGUCUUCGUUUUGCUGGUGGCCGCCUUCGUGGCCGUGGCCGUGGAGGCCUCCUUGGCGCCGUCCGCGCGCCUCCGCGGCGGCCUGCGCGCCCUGGUCGACGACCCCGAGUGCGCCUCCAAGAGGCAGCUCACGUGCAGCGACUGCAAGACCCAGGUCCGCUGCGACAAGGUCGGAGGCGUCUGGUUCUACCUCGGCACCAACACCUGCGGCGGCACCACGCCCUACUGCGAGCCCGUGAACGGCACCUGCACCGGAGACGUGUCGCUGGUGGACGACAAGUGCACCGAGCCCGAGCCCGUCAACACGUUCAACUGCCCGUCGGACGGCUACUGGCCCGACGUCACCAACUGCGCCAAGUACUACAUCUGCUCGGACGGCAAGGCGUACGCCUACGACUGCAGCUCGUUCGGCAACGCCGUGUACGACCACAAGAGCUCCUCGUGCCUGGCCAGGUCGGAGGCGACGUGCGUCACGCUGACGUGCCGCUCGCCGGGCUCGUUCGUCGCCUACAACCCGGACCCGUCCAUCUACUCCUUCUGCCGGAGCACCAACUCCAGCGAGGCCGCGGUGCUCAAGUGCGAGGAGGGCAGGACCUUCAGCACCAUCAACAACGAGUGCCAGGUGGCGUGCACCAAGGCCGGGCGCAUCGCCCUCGCCGACAAGAAGCGCUUCUACGACUGCGUGGACCUUGGUAACGGCAGGAUGAGCCAGCCCACGCCCGGCAGGUGCCCCGGCACCAGCGAGUUCAACCCCAGCCUGGGCCGGUGCGCCGAGAAGGGCGCCCCGGUCGUCACCACGCCCGCCCCGCGAACCACCACCCGCGCGCCCACCACCGUGCCUUGAAUCAAGGCCCUUGAUCGCGCCAGUCCUCAAUAAAGCUCAGUCCAAAGAACA